AUGCUAUUAACUCUAUUACUGUUGACACUAACAAGCCUGAACAGAACCAAGUGGAACUCUACUAAAACAGGGGAGCUUACUAUGAAAUCUGCUUACAACUAUAUCACCAAGUUUAAUACUAAUAAGAAUGAAGCCUCUUUCGGGAAACAGAUUUGGAAUCUUAACACCAUGUCAAAGGUUAACAUGUUCUGUUGGAAAAUUCUCGCAGGUGCACUCUCUCUAGGUCAGAAGAUGUCGACUUAUGUGAAAGAUUCUAACCCCUUCUGCUUGCUUUGUGACAAUAGUAUUAUGGAAGAUGAAAUGCAUUUAUUUGUGAAUUGUUUUUUUACUAGAAAAAUUUGGGAUCUUUUUGGUUUUAACAACAUUUACAACUCGAGAUCCCAUAAGGAUAUUCAAUCUUGGUUUAAUUUUUGGAUGAACAACAAAGAUUUUAAAAACAGUCAUGAUAAAUUUUCUUUCAUUAUCUGGUCAAUUUGGAAAUUCAGAAAUAGCGUUAACUAUGACAAUGUUAUGCCAGUGCCUCAAAAUCUGUUUGAAUCUAUUACUACUACAUAUCAGAAAUAUGUUAGCACUAUAAACAAUCCUCUUAGCAGCUCAAGGAAGAAGAACAUUACACCGAGCAAGAUCAAUAGCAUUGUGAACAACAAAUCUUAUGACUGGUUUAUUUACUUUGAUGUAUCAUAUAUGGAAGCUGACUUUACAAUGGGCUAUGCAAUUUCUAUAAUGGAUAAUACAGGAAACAGGAAAUACUGCAGAGCAGCCAACAGCUAG